CCGGUGCGGAGGGAAGCGAUUCAGCGGCACACGGCGGCGGGAGGAGGGAGCCGGGGACAGGCAGGGACCGAGCCCUGCUGCUCCCCGCGCCCUGCGGUGCCCGAGCCCCGCGGAGCCUAGUCUGCGGUCCUUUGGUCUAAUUUGCCCCCUUCGCCGCUGGAAAGAGCAGAAAGCCAGGCCAGGAGGGAGACUCCAGAGCCGGUCUGCAUUGGAGAGAGCGCUGCGGGGAUCCCCUCCAGCGGGGCAGCUAAGGUGUCUGGUACGUCGAGACAUCAUGAUCAAGGCUUCGAUGAGCUCUGGGAAGGUGACUCUCUUCCACCAGGAUCCGCAGACUGGGGUCACCUAUCGGGUCCCCGCACUGCUGUAUAUCCCCACAGACACGCUCCUGGCGUUCGCAGAGAAGCGCUCCUGUCCCAAGGAUGAGGACGCUGAGUACCUGGUGCUGAGACGAGGUCGGAAGACAGGGACUUCGGUCGAGUGGGGGCCCAGGGAGCCCUUGACGAGCGCAGUGUUACCGGCUCACCGCACGAUGAACCCCUGCCCUGUGUACGAGCAGAAGAGUCAGACUGUCUUCCUGUUCUUCAUCUGCGUGAGGCAACGCACCACAGAGAAACGGCAGAUCCUCACUGGGUGGAACGCCGCCCGGCUCUGCUACGUCUGCAGCGGAGACGCCGGCCAGACCUGGAGCUCGGUAACGGACUUGACGGAGCAGGUGAUUGGGGAAGACUUGAAGGACUGGGCCACGUUUGCGGUGGGGCCGGGGCACGGGGUGCAGCUCCGCUCCGGGCGGCUGGUGAUCCCGGCUUACGUCUACCACAUUACCGCUCGCUGCUGCUGCCUGCCGCUGCCCUGCUGGACCCAGCCCCAGUCCUUGGUCUUUUAUAGUGAUGACGGCGGGCAGUGCUGGCACAAGGGCAAGCUGAUUAAGGGCAUGAAGAUGAUGGAGUGCCAGGUGGCCGAGGUGGCAGGCCAGGCCUGUGACCCCGUGCUGUACUGCAACGCCCGCACCCCGUACCGAUGCCGGGCGGCUGCGCUCAGCACAGACCAGGGGCUGACAUUCGAGAGCCCCUCCUCAUGCAAGAAGCUGUGCGAGCCGCCUCACGGCUGCCAGGGCAGCGUAGUGAGCUUCACACCGACACCGGGGCUUCUGGAGGCGGAUGGCGCAGAAGGGCCAGACACCCCAGCCCACGAGCUGACCUGCCCGUUGAACAGUGGGAAUGCCGCCUCCGAUAUCCGCAGACGCACCAUGUCAUGGCUGCUUUACUCCCACCCGACCAGUAAACGCAAGCCGGUUGACCUGGGCAUCUACCUCAACCGCUCCCCAUUGACGGAGGCCACCUGGGAACACCCCUGGCUCCUGUACCAAGGGCCGUCUGGUUACUCGGACCUGGCCGUGUGCCAGGAGGCGCCAGCGGCGCUCUUGUUUGGCUGCUUGUUUGAGUGCGGGGUGAAUUACGACUGUGAGGAGAUCGCCUUCCAGCUCUUCUGCUUUGAGGAUCUCCAGAAGAGCAGAGGCUCCCCCCGCUCCUUGGAGCAGCAGCCCAACACAAAGCAAAAAUCCCACUAGCGGUGUCCUCCAGGGGAGUAAGCGAGAGAGACACACGCUCACUCCCCCCGGAAGAUCCCCACCCCAUGAGGCGUGGGCUUCCGAAAGCAGCCUCUUCUUUCGGGUGUCUCUGGUUCAGGGUCCGGGACUUCCUGGGGCCUGGUCUGUAGAGGAGCAAAGCAUCCGUCGCUCCAUCUGAGAUUGAGAACUUGGCCACAGCCCGGGCAGCCAUGCCAGCCUCUCCGGUGCCGUCCUACUGAUGUACCAGCACCCUGAGCCAGAUGCACCACCGCCGGGGGCCAAAACGCCUGCUGGUGUAAAUCAGCUCCACAGGUUACACCAACUGAGGAUCUGGCCCAGAGAGAGGACUGCUCAGUCCAUACUCCACAGACCUGUCGAUCCUUGGUCCCUCUGCUGAGACUGCCUGUCCAUUAAGAAUUGCACUACAACAAAAGAGAACUCACUCUGGGUGCAGGGAAGGGGAGGGGGAAAUGUGCUUUGCUGCUGGGGGUGCUGUCCUAAGUUCCCCGUAAACUGCGCGGCCGUGCAGCAGCCUGUUGAGUGUCCCACAGGCACUCGUGGAUCUCGCCCGGCUGGGACCUGCCGUGGCCGGGCCACCACUCCCCUGGCCCCAACUCAGCCCAGACUUGCUGUGGCUGGUGGGAGGGACGCCCUUCUCCCAGACCCAACCCAGCUCAGACCUGCUGCGGCGGGGAGAGGCACCUCUCUCCCCAGCCCAGGUGCUGCUGUGAGGAGAGAGAGCUGGGGGGAGUCCUCUCUCCCCACUGUAGCCCCGGGGCAGCCUGUACCCCAAACCUCUCACCCCUGGCCCCAUCCCAGAAGCUGCACCCCCAUCUGGCGUCCCCACACCCCGACCCUCUGCCCCAGCCCUGAGCCCCCUUCUACACUCUGAACCCCUCGGCCCACCCCCACCACAUGAAUUUUGUUAUGUGCACCACUAUGGAGGUGAUGUGUGACACAUGACAAAAUUCAUUCCGCACAUGGGUGGGAAAAGUUAGAGAGAACACCGGUGCUGUCUUAUUAAAGGUGAUCCUAAGAACGUGCCCACACGUGGUCACUGAAGAUCCCAUGUUUGCAGGAGUAGUAGUUUAGCAUCUUGGCCAUUUCUCAGUUCAGGGAACAAUCCAAGCAUGCUUUGCAGUGUCAGCUGGAGAAGUUUUUCAAGUAUUUCCUCUCCUCGGGCAAGUCCCGAUGUACCUAAUGUGUGGGCGAGUGAGCUGUUUGUUCAUUUGCUCUGUAAACUGCUCCAGGAGCAUACACAUCCUUCCCUUCCUAAAUCAACACCACAGCAUCACUUCUGCCCUGGGGAGCAAGGUCAGGCACCAGCUUGGAGGCAGACGCCAACGCUACUCCCCAUCAUGUCUGUGCACGUCAGCCCCAAGCCGUGCAGCAUCUCUGCUGCGUUACGGGUGUGCCAGAGACCCCAGGUUAACCUGUGGCUCUCCCUCCUGAAAAUAGUUAUAGAAAGCCCUGUGGUGUAGCAUCUAUGGUGCUGGACUGAGACUUGGGGGACCUGAAGUCUGUUCCUGGCUCUGCUGCUGAACUCCUGGGUGACCUUGGUCAAGUCACUUUGCUUCUCUGUGACUCAGUUUCCCUCCCACCCUUUGUCAUGUCUGUUUAAACUGUCAGCUCUCUGGAGCACAGCAUGUCUCUUACCAUGUGUCUGUAUAACAAAUGGGGCCCUGAUCUCAGUUAGGGCCUCUUGAUGCUACUGGAAAAUCAGUAAGUAAUAGUAUUACAUAUUUAUAAGCAGCUACCUCAGUUCUCCUCUCCCCCCCCCCCCCCCGCACCCUUAGUCGGCACUUAGCCAAGCAGUACAUAUCUAGCCCUUACAGAGGCAGAAUCUGCAAACACUCAUCCACCUGCUUAACUCUACUCGCAUGAGUAAGUGCCAUUGACUUCAAUGGGACUCCUCACACAAGUAAAGCUACCUGUGUUUCUAGGAUCUAGCCCCAAAUCUUUCUUGGUGAGCUAGCAGGCCUGAUUCUGAUCUCACUUGCUCUGGUGUAAAUGACACAGUUUCAUAGAAGCUGAUGGAAAUCCCAGGCGUAAGCGAGAUGAAAAUCAGGCCAAUUAUUUUGAAAUCCGUCCCUGCAGGAUCUUUGCUGCCCUGUGAAAAUCCCUUUAAUCACCUGAUGAUGAAUUGGCUUUUGUUUCUUAUUUUUAUUUUUAUCGGUUCUCUGUUUGUAGCAACUGCCACCAGUUCUGUAAUGGCACCGAUCGCUCGCUGCAUUGUCUGGGUCCCUUGCCGUGAAACACCUUCAGCAAGAGAGUGACUACGGAAUGUAAAGGGCUAGAUUCACUCAUUCCCCACUGGCCAAUUUGCAUGUCUCCGGCAGCCCAGGACAGCUGGAGAGUGUCGGUGACUCUGGCCCCCGAGUCUGCCUGAGCCAGUGAUGUCUGGUUAAGUCAGUAAUGAGCAGAUGCUGGCUCAACGACCGAGUGUAACAAUUUCUGUGGCGUCGUGACAACUGUUUUGUCAGGGUGGGUGCGCCAUGGCCCUGUGCUAAAAUUCUUAUGCCCUUCCAAUGGAAAUGCUUAAUGUCCACCACUGCCCCCAGCAGGUUAGAAUCACAUCAAUUCAUAGGUGCAGGAACUAGGGGUGCUGGAGCACCCCCAAGUUUUACGUGGUGCUCCCCUUCUGGCCCUGCACCUGGGGUCCUGGCUGCCAGCCCCGUGCCUCGGGGCUCUGCUUCCAGCCCCACAUUCGGGGUCCUCUCCUGGCCCCGAGCCUGGGGCUUCACCCCCAGCUGUGGCCCCAGGUUCAGCCCCCUUACCCCAUCCAUGUCCCCUCUCCCAGAGCCAUGGCCCUGCUCCCAGCCUCAGCUGUUCCUGUGCUGGGUAGUAGCACGCAAAACCUAUUUGUAUACAUUGAACGGUGCUUUAAUUUUAGAAACUCGAACUGCUGACUGUCCAUUCACUGGCUGAGAGGAUGUAACCAUGUCUCCCUCCAGUGGUUGGUCCCAGCAACUAUCACAGCUCUUCACCUAGAGUCACAAGGCGUUAAAUCCUCUCUGCUGAUGAGGCCAGGGUGCGUAGUUGGUGCUGAUGCAUCCAGAUCUGAUGCACAAUGGUAGCCCCUGGCGCCUCUAUCUGUACGUGGCCAUGGUUCAUUAGUAAGGAUCUUUCUCUGCAUGGGUCUGUGUCAGCUGUGCUUGUUUUAUUUAUUCCUCGUCGCCUUUAACAAACGAAAUGUGCAGCCUCUUUGCACCUAAAGUGAGAACACGGCCCAUAUUUUAUAUUCGUCUCCACAACGAGGGCCGUUGGCGUCAGGCCCCUGGUGCUUUGAAUGCCUACUCGAGCGAAUGCGGGAUCAAGCGCUCCCUUGCAAAAGAGGAGGAGGGAUGGUGUAAUCUGAGCUGGAUGUUAGCAGAUGAAAGCAACACAUGAUUCCCAACCCCACUGAACACAGCGGCUGCAGGCUGGGGCUGCACAGCACUAUUAACAGAUGUUCUUCUAUUAAAGCACGCCCUUGAUUUGUGCCAAAAACUGGCCUCUCUCUCAAAUGAGGGCUCGGGGUCUGUCUGAAUGCUUUUCUGCGUCAUGCAAAGAUAUUGCUUGAGCCUGUAACUGUCUAAAACAAAAGGCCUUACAUACGAUACAGUUACACCACUGAUCUCCGGAAGAGUGGGUAUUAAUAAAACUCUCCGCUGAUGCCUGUA